UCGACCGGUUGGUGACCACUGCUCUAGAAAGUUGGGUGAAGUUCAAUCUCUCUGUGGGCGUAUAUUUCUCUGUGGCAGUCCGGGGAGCUGCAUGGAAGUCUCGGGGCUAGCGCACACACACACACGCAGCUUAGAGGGAACAUUGGUGACAACACUAGGAACGACCCAGAGAUCUUUGAGCUAUGUGGGUUAUCGUGACAGCAGGGCUCAUCUCGUCACAUGUUUGUCUCGCUGGAGGUGUCACAUGGACAUGCUGGUGUCCCUAAUCCUUCUUAUUCUGAUGUUCAUGGACUAGUAGUCUUAAUGAUUCCAAUGAGUUUUUUUAUACUUUAUCACCCAAGUAUAAUAACUCAAUGCAUGUACAUUAAGUUAACGCUCAAUGUCAUCAAUCUGUGCAUAUCCCAGAUCAGUGGUUCCCAACCAGGGGUACUAGGACCCCUGGGGGUAUGUGGUCUAGCCACAGGGGGUACUUGAGAAGACUCAUUAAACUUACUGGUAAAAUGCACAAUAGUGGGUACUCCAGGCAGAGUCAAAUUCAGUUGGUGGUACAGUAAAUGAAAACUGUUGGGAACCACUGACCCAGUUUACAGGCUCAAUCUAGGUGAUGGAAAAACCAGCCAGAUUUUCCAGUGAUGUAACCUGGUCUACCGAGCCUGAAAAACCGGUUCUGCAAAAGCUGGUCCCUAAUAAUUGUAAGAUCCCCCAGACAACGCUCUGUUUUCUAUUAGUGCCCUGCAGGAAUGCAGCAUCGCCUGAGUACAUCUCGCCCUACAAGUUACCAGCAUCCUUCACAACACUGCCCAGAAAGGUAGAAACAGGGUGAGGGAGAGAGAAACUGAAAGGGAGAAAGAGAGGUUGACACUGCGAGAUAAACCAGGGUGGAGACAAUUGGAGAAGCUUGGAGAGGCAAAGACUGACCACCAAGGAGAUCUCAAACAGGCUCUGCUCUCUGAACUUUUAACCCCAGGGUGAAUGAAUGUUUGAGAUGUGUUUUUUUGUUUUGCUGGAAUAGGGAGAUUAAGAGCUCCUGAAAUGGAUGUUUUCAUUCUACAGAAGGAAACUCUGAAACCCCCAGAAGAUGGGUCACCCUGACAUAGAUGCGAUGACGGCUGCCUCCAGAGACCAGAGGAAGUGGCUUUUGCAUCGGUGCUGCCCCCACAGACCCAGUGUUUGAUAUCUCAGACAAGCACCAGCCACUUUUCGCCUGACGCUAGCUCCCUAGCCCUGAUUUUGCUCUUUGGGUCAUCAUGGAACACCAAGGCCUACUCUCUAUCAUCGUGGUCAUUCUAUGGGUUAUGGCUGUGUGUGUGGCAAGGCUUACCCCCCGGGUCUCCUUUCCGAUGGGUACACCCGGGAGGUGUCUCAGCCACUUCGAUAGCUUGGACGUCGGCAACACCACGACACUGUUGCUCAGCGAUGACGGCGACACGCUGUUUGUGGGAGCACGGAACGCAGUUCUCUCAUUGGAUGUCAGCCAGGAGGACGCCAUUGUGAUCAGGAGCAAGCUGGACUGGUCCCCCUCAGAGAAGGACCUGGACGAAUGUUCCAUGAAGGGCAAGAAAAAGACGGACUGUCCCAACUUCAUCCGGGUGCUGCAGUUCCUCAACUCCACGCACAUGUACGCCUGUGGAACCUUCGCCUUCAGCCCACGCUGCGCUUACAUCAACUCUGAGACGUUCUCCCUGGUGACGAGCCUCAGCGGAAAGCCAGAGGAGGGCAGAGGUCGCUGCCCCUACGACCCCUACCAACGUAACUCGGCCAUCAUCGUCGAUGGAGAGCUGUACACUGGAACGGUAGCGGACUACAUGGGAAACCGGCCGGUCAUCUCCCGUCACCUCAGCGAGGGCGGCCAUGUUGAUCUGAAGCUGGACGACACUUUGGGCUGGCUGGAGGAUCCCACUUUCAUCAGCUCCAACUUUGUCCCCAGCGAAGAGAAGAUCUAUUUCUUCUUCAGCGAGGUGGGCCGGGAGUACGACUUCAUUGACAAGUUCACUGUAUCUCGCAUCGCCCAAGUCUGCACGAGUGACGUUGGGGGCCAGCGUACCCUGCAACGACGCUGGACCACCUUCGCCAAAGCCCAGCUCCUGUGCCAGUCUGACAACGAGCUGCCCUACAACGUUAUCCAGGAUAUCGUCACCCUCCCGCCACCUGAGGGCGCCCCAGUGGACGACACCCUCUUCUUUGGCAUCUUCAGCUCUCAGUGGUCGGUGAACUCAGGGCAGUCGGCAGUGUGUGCGUUCCGCCUUGGCGAUAUCAAAGCGGUUUUCGCAGGCAACUACAAGGUCCUGAAUCGGGACACGCUUCGGUGGAGCAUGCGGGUUCAGGAGAAGGUCGCCAACCCGGGAGAGUGUGGCCUGCACAAUGCCUCAGACAACACCCUUCGCUUUGUCAAAGAAAACUUCCUCGCGGAUGACAGCGUACACCCUGUGGGGCGGAGCCUGACCAUGGUGUCACCUGACCAGCGCUACAGCCAUGUGGUCACCCAGAGAGUACAGGCCGCCAAUGGCAAGGACUUCACCGUUCUCUUCCUGCUCACAGAAUCAGGCUACCUCCACAAAGCAGUGUUGCUGGAGAAGGGUGCACACAUCAUUGAGGAGAUCCAGGUCUUCGAGCAGCCUCAACCCGUGAAGAACCUCCUGCUUUCCAUAUCAAAGGGUGUGGUGUUUGUGGGCUCAUCAGAAGGCGUGGCGAGGGUCCCGGUCUCCAACUGCUCCUACUACUGGAGCUGUGCCGGGUGUGUGCUGUCCCGGGAUCCCUUCUGUGGCUGGGACCCCUCCGUCAACGUCUGCACCCACGCCACCAGCAUCCAGGACAACGCAGGCCAGGAUGUGGAAGGAGGGAAUGUGCAGGAGGCGUGUGCUUCGCCCAAAUCCAGAUUUGGACUGCACAAAGGAAAAGCAGACUCCUUUCCCCUAGGUGAGCUGGUGUCUGUGUCCCUGAAUGAGGUGGUGCGACUGCAGUGCCCAGAGGCAUCGAGCCUGGCCCACCGCCACUGGGAGCGACCCAACAGCCGCCUCUCCCCAGACCUCUACCUGCAGCUGGAGGAUGGAAGCCUGCACUUCCUGGCCACGCCCGCCACCCUGGGCCACUACCUGUGUCUCUCCACAGAGAACGGCUUCCAGCAGAACCUGGCCAUCUACCAGGUAAAGCAGAAGAGCAGCCCCACCCCUCAGGCCACUGCCCCUGGCAUGACGACCACACGCCCCCAGAGCCCAGCCCUCCCCCCAACCACCCAGGCUGGUUCAGGAGGAAGGCUCACUCCUCACUUGACUGGGCCCAAGCAGACCGAGCCGGAGCCCACCGCGCCAGCAAGGGAGACUCCGGUCACCACGAGGUGGACCAGCAGGAACUUUACUUUCUGGGUGGAGCAGUCGGGGGAGACUGAGACUGAGGCGGAGUGGCGGGGAGGGGAGAAGCUGCUGCUGGGGCAAACCUACCUGAUGGAGCUGGUGGUGGUGUCUGUACUGCUAGCGUGCUGCGUUAGUAUUCUGCUAACUAUGACGCUAUAUAGCGUGAGGCAGCGCUGCCGCAGCAGGACGGCACCCCAGGCCAGCACCCCAGGGAGGGACUCGGAGAGGGGUGGCCCUCAGGAGCGGGAGGCCCUUCGGGGGGAUCAGUCGCCAUGCAGCAAUGGCAUGCGGAAUGGGCAGAUGGCACACAACGGCCAAGCCACCGGGGUCGUGUGCAACGGCACGCCGAGGGGCUCCAAUGGGCAUCUUCCCAACACCCCUAUCUGAGCACAGUCAACCACACCUCACCCUAUUGACAUACCGUAUCCACUCUACCUGAGAACAAUGUAGCCUUUACGUGGUCACUCUUGAGCCAUGGGGUUUUACAUGAACACAGCUAACUGCAGCACUGUGUGUGGACUGUCAUGGCAACGAGUAAGACUGUAUGGCCUGAUGUGGUAACUCAACUAAAAGGACACCGUUUUCUUCUGGUACGAUACCAGCCGGUGUGAAUCAAAGGGCAGACUGUUUAACAUGACUCACUGCUGUUAUAUAAUAAUGUGUAUUAUAUUGUGCUGUAUAUACUUUGGAGACGAGGUUCCAUUGACUAGACUUAAGUGUAUUUAAUGAAAGAGCCAAGAAAGCCGAUUUAUCGAAUGUACAUGAAGUACUGCAUCACCACACUGCCACAACAACUGCCACUGCCGCUACACUGCCACAAAAAAAAGAAAAAUGGCUCCUGACUAACUAACGUGUCCGCUCAAAUCACAGGCAGUGUGGACGCAUAUUGCGAGGAACACAAAAAAAUGCCUUUUUUCUAACAGUAUUUUUGUGGCAUCAGGUCUACAUUGCUAAACCACUUUCUUUGUAUGCAGCGCCAUUGCGAAAGUUAGCGGAGCACGUUGUAUGGUACAAUGUUCUAUUGUUAUUUAUUUAGCUGUUUUUUUUGUCAUUCUGUUGAAUGUGCUGCCAAUUUACUUUUCUUUUUUCUCUUUCACCCAAAACGCUUUUUUAAAUGUUUUAUCCUGCGGUCUGUGAAGCCAUGAGAACAUGUUGAUUUGACACUGUAGGGCUUAUCUCUUCCAGAACAAACAAGAUUAUGCUGGUGUUUAGAGACCUUUUAGUUUUUAUAAUUUGUGUUGUCAGCAUAUUAACUGGACAUAAAUCCUCAAAUCACUUUGAAAACUGUGAUAUUGCCAAAAUUGCAUUUUGAAUGAAAACGUGUUUUUUUGCUAGACAGCUAUUCAGAAACUGAAAGCAGAUUAUGAGAAUGUUGGUUCAUUUUAAGCUGCUUUAGAUAACGAUGAGAGACUAAUAGUUAUUAAACAAAUAUAUGGUACUCCUUGUCUUCGGUACAGAUCACAAACCACUUUUUAAAAAAUUGUUUUGUCUUUAUUUUUAUACAAUUGUAUCUUACUGUUUCAAUGUUGCAAAUAAACUGUUCAAUUUGUGCAAAAAUAA